AUGCCAACCUGCAUCACAUCGAAAGGCGAGGAGUACACCAUUCAGUUGGAAAAUAUCCCAAUACCACAAAAAAAAUCUAUUUAUGAUGAGCAACUACGUGAGCGGUGCAAUAUAGCAGACAAUAAAACUCCCUUGCAUGUUCGUCAUCCCUCAGUGGAGGAAUAUCCCCGUGCGGUCAAGACGUGUAAUCCCAAACCCACAACCACGUCCGAGUUCCCUGCGCGGAAGAAAUUAUACAAAAUCACCCUGUGGACGAAAUGCAUCUCGGUCCUGAAUUUCUCCCUCUACCUGAUGGUGGUGUGGUUAAACGAGGUGUUGCGCUACUUCUUUGCCGGGCGGGAUCCGCGCUUUCGCCCGGGCUACGCCCCCCUCAUCAAGGACUUUGACGAGCUGUGGAAUCGCUGCUUUUUCCGCCGCGCGAAUGACUGCUUCUCCAUCCCGAUCGACAGCCGCCCGUCGCGGGUGAUCGGGAUUAUGGAGCGGGUCUCCUACGACGAGAAUGCGACCUACCAGCGCACGGGCCGGAUCAUCCCCGCGAUCAACAUGGGCUCCUACAACUAUUUGGGCUUCGCGGAAGAUGUCCCGGGGGUGACCCACGACGUCCUGGACUGCUUGCAGACCCAGGGCCUGGCCUCCUGCAGCGCCCCCCUCGAGCUCGGCCAGAGCGCACAGGUGGACGAGUUGGAGCAGCGCGUCGCGCGGUUUCUGGGCAAGGAGGACGCGAUCAUCUGCGGGAUGGGUUUCGGCACCAAUUUCAGGGGCAUCCCCGCCCUUUUCGGGCCGGGAACCCUCGUUCUUUCCGAUCAGUUCAAUCACUCCUCGAUCGUGAACGGGGUGCGCUCCUCCGGCGCCGUCGUGAGGGCCUUCAAACACAACGAGUACGUCGAGGUUGAGCGGCUGGCACGCGAGGCCAUCGUCCUCGGGCGAACCCCAGGAGGCCCCUACAUACCUUGGGACCGCAUCGUCAUCAUCGUGGAAGGGGUUUACAGCAUGGAGGGUGAGAUCGUCGACCUCAGGACCUUUGUGAAUAUCAAAAAAAAGUACAAGGCACUGCUGUUUUUGGACGAGGCCCAUUCUAUCGGCGCGAUCGGCCGCACGGGCCGCGGGGUCUGCGAAUACGCCGGGGUCGACCCGAAGGACGUGGACGUCCUCAUGGGGACUUUCACGAAAAGCUUCGGCUCCAUCGGCGGCUACCUCGCGUCGGAGAAGCGCGUGAUCGACUACAUCCGCGUGCAGUCCUCGCUGGGCCUUUACUGCGAUACGCUCGCACCGCCGUGCGCGCAGCAGGUGAUAUCCGUUCUGGAUGUCAUCCUCGGAAACGAGGGAACGGAUAUAGGGCGGAAGCGAAUUGCGCAGCUCAAAGAGAAUUCAAACUUCUUCCGUCAGGGGCUUAUCAAGCGUGGCUUCACAGUGCUUGGGGAUGACACCAGCCCAGUGGUCCCAGUGAUGCUCUUUAACUUAUCCAAGCUUCCGGAGGUUUCCAUGCGCUUUCGCGAACGAGGUGUGGCCAUCGUAAUCGUCGGAUAUCCCGCUACGUCACUAUUGGAGGGCCGAAUCCGGUUUUGUAUUUCCGCCUCUCACACUCGUGAGGAUCUGCAGUACACGUUAGAUGUCCUGGAGGACUUAAGCCAAUACAUUUAUAUGGACUUUGAGAAGUCUAACUUUUUUAUGGCAAGAAAGAAGAAGAAGGAUUUAAUUGCCUAG